GUAUAUUUCAUUUGUCUAUCAACAGCUGCCUCAUUGCACAGUCUGCACCAGACUCUGACUUCCAUUUCUGGAAAAAAUACCAACUGGCCCUCAGCAGCGUCUCGGGUGUAGAAUCAAUUACCGACGAUGGGCUCUUCAAUGCCUCCACCCCACGUCCGAGCCUGGUACUCGUACGCCUUUGCUGCUGAAGUCUUCUCAGCUUGUGCGCUCGCAAUAUUCCUGCCAAUCACUUUGGAACAGAUGGCCCGAGAGGUUGGAUAUUACGCGCCAGAACUGACGGAGACAUGUGUUAUUAAUGAUUCGUCUUCAGAUGUGACGGGAAGGCUCUGCAAAGCUCGGAUCCUAGGGGUAUGGAUAGAUACAGCUUCGUUCAGUAUGUAUGUUAAAUCUAUCGCUGUGGCCUGCCAAGCAAUCUGUAUCAUCUCUAUUGGUCCUCUGGCAGACAUCGCCUAUUGGAGGAAGCGACUACUUCUAACCUUCGCCUACUCGGGAUCUCUUUCCGGCAUACUAUUCCUCUUAUUCCCACCUUUACCCUAUGCCUGGACCCCUAUCAUGGCGGCAAUACUCAACAUCGUCGGUAAUGCGACCUACUCCACCAGCAUCGUCUGCAGCAACGCGUUCUUGCCAGGUCUGGCCAAGGAGGAUGUAGAUGUACAAAAGGCAUGGGAAGAAGCUACAUCGGAGGGUCUUCAGGACGGUUUGAGGGACGUCCAUGAAGAUACCGACGAGGAAAACACGGGGAGUGUCAGUAGGGAAGACGAGGCGACCCAUCUUCUUCCCGACCGACUCAUACCAGCUGUUUGUGCUAUAUCAACCCAAGAUCUCGCUUUAUCCGACCCCUUGGCCAAAUUAAUCGAGCCAUCUAAUGCCAAAAAGCACUAUGAAUCCCGUUUGUCCCUUACCACUUCCCGUCUGUCCUCGACUGGUACUGCUAUUGGCUUUUUCUCCGGUGUCUCGGUCUUGACGCUGCUCCUUAUCCCUGUUACAGCUCUCGGAGGUUCGACAUUUUCUAUGAGGCUUGCCAUCGGCCUCAGUGGGGUCUGGUGGGCGUUGUUCACUGUCCCUACCUGCAUAGGGCUACCGGGCGGCGCGCCUGGACAUGGGUCUGAUUUCAGUGCCAGUCAAGUAAAGAAGGCAUGGGUCAAGAUUGGAAAGAUGGUCGCGCCAAAACAAAUACAUCAGCUGCCAAACCUCUAUAUAUUUCUCCUAGCAUGGAUAUUCCUAUCUGACGGUUUCCACACCACCACUUACGCUGCUAUUCUUUACGCUUCCUCAGUUCUCUCCAUGUCCGCGCCGAAAAUCAUCCUUGUCGGCAUCCUCGUCCAACUCGCAGCGGUUGUAUCCUCCGUUCUUGUCCCUCGCGUUCAGCGGCGCCUAUCGACCACUUCUAGCAAACCAGUGACCAACUAUAAGGUGUUACUCGCUGGAGUGGUGGCUGCGGCAUUCAUACCUGUUUACACAUGUGCUGGACUUGUAUUACCUUUUGGAGGGUUGAGAUCGGAAGAAGAGAUGUACGUUUUGGCUGUCUGGUUCGGUUUGGUAUUCGGACCAUUCUUGAGUUAUUCUCGAGCUGUAUACGCUGAGCUUAUUCCUCCGGGUCACGAAUCUACCUUCUUUUCUCUCUUCGCUUUCACCGACAAGUCAGCAUCCUUCAUCGGCCCAGCCGCUGUCGGACUCAUAUCCGACUUGACAGGCAACAUCAGAUAUGGGUUCUUGUUCUUGCUUGUGAUGUUGGUGGUGCCUAUACCUGUUUUGGGGCGAGUUGCUGUUGAACGGGGAAGGCGAGAAGCUGUCGAAUGGGCAGAAAGAUCGAGGAAGGAGAUGUCAGACGAGAGAGUCUGAGGAUAUGGCUAAUACAGGGGUUUUGGGCUCUAUGUUGUAUCUACAGAAUUUCAUGUUGUUGAGCUCAAUCAAAUGUUAUAAUUCGUGUCACCAAGAGUGUCCGAAUCCUAUGCUCUUUCGUCUACCGAAAGAUUUGGAUUGUUCUAAUUAGUAAGCAGUCCUUGCUGGGAUUAGCCUGUUUUGGAACCGUUUUCACGGGCCUUCACCGUAAUCUCGCAAUGAAUCCGAACGCCAGUCAAAGUGAUACAAUCAUACUAGGCCUGCUUUUGAAUGUUGUACCUGAGGGCUUCAACAGUUCUCUAUUGCAGUUAGCUUCUAUUGCGAGCGUUCAAUAAGAUACAUCCUUUAUAUUCACAUUACGCAGGCAACGUCCAUCAUUACCAUCCUUAUGCUCUGGAAUGCAGCAUCCAUCUUGCCUC